AUGGAACCUGGGCUGUCGCUCCUAUUGCUAUGGUCGCUCUGGUCAACGACAAGCUUAGGACUCGGUAAUUUCGCGUCCAAUGGAGAUACUCUGGAAAGUAGGGAGAAAAGUGAUGGAGAAAAUAACCCGGUGGCGGUGAGAUGGGUCGUGGCAGGGAGGAAUGAUGAAGCUCGACUUCCUUCGAUCACGGCGGCACCAGCUCUCCCGACAGUGGCUUCUUCGGCUGGCACUCCUCUUCAAAUUCGCCAGGCUGCUACAGAUACCGACGGCGACAUCGAUGAUGGACCACCACCGCCUCCCCCGCCUCCCCUCAACCCGGCCCAAUCAAAUAGCAUAUCGAACAGCGUCUCAGCCUCCGUGUCGAGCAGCGUAGCAGCCAGCGUAACGGGCGUUUACUCUUCCUCGCUUCAGGCAAUGUCAGCAGCGUCAACCAGCGCAGUCGCAUCUGCACGAAUCGCCGGAAUCGCCGAAGGAAUGUCGUCAGCUAUAGCCGGCAUGAGCGCUUCAACAACAACCGGCAUCACUAGCAGCACUUCCGCGACGUCGGCGACUGGUACGGAUGCGGCCAGCGCUAUCGCAAAUAUCCAGACGAGCGCCAGCAAGGCCGUGGAGGAGGCGCAGGCCAGUGCUAGUAGCAGUGCGCAGAGCGCCGUAGCAGCGGCGCAAGCUAGUGCGAGCGCUGUCACGACCCCCCAAUCCCAGGGCUCAAGCCUGACCCCAGGCCAAAUCGGAGGCAUCGUCAUAUCCAUCGCCUUCAUAUCCUCGCUCCUCUCCGCCCUCGCCACCUUCCUCCUCAUGCGGCGCAAGGCGCGCCAACAAGACGCCCCAAGCAAAUACGAACCCGAAUCACCCUACAUCCCGCGAACCCAGGAACCGGUCCUGCCCCCAGUCCCAGAACCGCGUCCGCACUCCCUCUCCCAAUCCAUCCGGAACCGGCUCUCCUCCUUCCACGCCAUGCUAAGCGGGCCCAUAAUACCGCCCUACCGGCGGAGCCAGUCCCCCAGCAACCUCAACAGCAGCAGCGACGCCUUCGCCGCGGACAUAAAGCGGCGUCCGCCGACGGCCGAGCACCCCGCGAUAUCUCAGAAUGCGCGACCGCUCAGCGACCCGGCCUUCCCCGUCUCGCCCGUCUCCUCCGUCGGCGACCAGUCCCUGAUCCUGCAGGGCAACGAGCCGGAAGCGCGACUACAGCCCUCGCCGCCGAUGCCCGUCGUCGUCGAGGCCCCGCCGUCACCCGUAACGGUGACGGACACGAGCACGAGCGCGGGGCCGUCCGCGCCGUCCGCGCGGGUGUCGCUAGCGCGCGAGCAGAGCAUAAGCGGCGGCCAGCGACCGCACCUCGUGCGCGUGGGCAGCGGGCGCGAGCGCAGCGGCGCCGGAGGCCAUCCGCUGUCCAUGCACCCCGUGUGCGGAGACGAGGGAUACGACGCCGCGCCCGUGUCCGCGACGGGGCAGUGCCAUAUAGUGCUCCCCAUACGUUCUCCGGCGGACGGCGACGAGCACGCGGGAUGGAGGGCUAGUGUCGGGACGGAGCUGAGUACUGCGUCUUCGUUUCACGUCCAAGCACCGAUCCCGAGGCGACUUGUCGAUCCUAUUUCCCUUGAGCGAGGCCCGAAUUAUCUGCCGCAUGCAUAUUGA